AUGUCCACCGUCAAGAACAUUUGCUGUAUUGGUGCCGGCUAUGUCGGUGGCCCUACUUGUGCCGUUAUCGCCUACAAGUGCCAUGACAUCAAGGUCACCAUCGUUGACGUUAAUCCCGCACGCAUUGCUGCCUGGAACUCGGACAAGUUGCCCAUCUACGAGCCUGGUCUUGAGGAGGUUGUCUUUGAUCGCCGUGGCAAGAACCUUUUCUUCUCCACUGAUGUUGAUGGUGCCAUCGAUGAAGCCGAUCUUAUCUUUGUCUCGGUGAACACUCCCACCAAAAAGUCUGGUAUGGGCGCUGGUAUGGCUGCUGAUCUUGCUUAUAUCGAGAGUGCUACUCGUCGUAUUGCUCAAGUUGCCAAGACCUCCAAGAUUGUUGUUGAAAAGUCCACUGUGCCUUGCCGUACUGCUCAAAGCAUGCGUACCAUUCUCGAGGCCAAUUCUACCCCUGAAGUUUCUUUCCAGAUCUUGUCCAACCCUGAGUUUUUGGCAGAAGGCACUGCCAUCAGAGACUUGCUCAGCCCUGAUCGUGUCUUGAUUGGUGCUUUGCAAACUGAGGAGGGUAUCAAGGCCCAAAACGCUUUGGUUGAGGUCUACACCCACUGGGUUCCUAACGAACGCGUCAUCACCACUAACCUUUGGUCCUCUGAACUUUCAAAGUUGGCUGCCAAUGCUAUGCUUGCCCAACGUAUCUCUUCUAUCAACGCCCUCUCCGCUAUUUGUGAAGCCACGGGUGCUGAUGUCGAUGAGGUUGCUUAUGCCUGUGGUCGUGACUCUCGUCUUGGUUCCAAGUUUUUGAAGGCCUCCGUUGGCUUUGGUGGUUCAUGCUUCCAAAAGGAUAUCCUUAACUUGGUCUACUUGUCCGAGCAAUUGAACUUGCCCGAGGUUGCUGCUUACUGGAAGCAAGUCGUCAUCAUGAACGAGUACCAAAAGAAGCGUUUCGUUCGCAAGAUCAUCACCACCUUGUUCAACACCAUCACCAACAAAAAGAUUGCCGUGCUUGGUUUUGCUUUCAAGAAGGAUACUGGUGACACCCGUGAGUCUGCUGCCAUCACCUUGAUCAAGGACUUUAUCCAAGAACACGCUCGUGUCGCUAUCUAUGACCCCAAGGUCGAGCAUGAGCAGAUCUACAUGGAUCUCUCUGAGCCCGGCGUUGUCGAUACCCGCAAGGAGGUUGAGAAGCACAUUCAAAUCUGCGGUAGCGCUUAUGAAGCUGCUGAAGGUGCCGAUGCUGUUAUCAUUGUCACUGAGUGGGACGAGUUCCGUGAUGAAAACCUUGACUAUGAAAAGAUCUAUGCUGGUAUGAACAAGCCCGCUUUCCUCUUUGAUGGUCGUCUCUUGGUCAACGCCGCCAAGUUGCGUGAGAUUGGUUUCAAGGUCAAUGUCAUUGGCAAGAACGAGCUCGCUGGUACCGCUUAA